AUGUCCAGAUCCGGGGACCGGACCUCCACCUUCGACCCCAGCCACAGCGACAACCUGCUGCACGGCCUCAAUCUGCUGUGGAGGAAGCAGCUGUUUUGCGACGUGACCCUGACGGCCCAGGGCCAGCAGUUCCACUGCCACAAGGCCGUGCUGGCCUCCUGCUCGCAGUACUUCCGAUCGCUUUUCUCCAGUCACCCCCCUCUCGGGGGAGGGGUCGGCGGCCAGGACGGUCUGGGGCCCCCCAAGGACCAGCAGCCGCCGCAGCAACAGCCGCCGCCGCCGCAGGAGGAGCCGGGGACUCCUUCCUCCUCCCCCGACGACAAGCUGCUGACCAGUCCUCGGGCCAUCAACAACCUGGUGCUGCAGGGCUGCUCGUCCAUCGGGCUGCGCCUGGUGCUCGAGUACCUCUACACGGCCAACGUGACCCUCUCCCUGGACACGGUGGAGGAGGUGCUGUCGGUCAGCAAGAUCUUGCACAUCCCCCAGGUCACCAAGCUCUGCGUGCAGUUCCUCAACGACCAGAUCUCGGUGCAGAACUACAAGCAAGUGUGCAAGAUCGCCGCACUGCACGGCCUGGAGGAGACCAAGAAGCUGGCCAACAAGUACCUGGUGGAGGAUGUGCUGCUGCUCAACUUCGAGGAGAUGCGCGCCCUGCUGGACUCGCUGCCGCCCCCCGUGGAGUCGGAGCUGGCGCUCUUCCAGAUGUCCGUGCUGUGGCUGGAGCACGACCGCGAGACCCGCAUGCAGUACGCGCCCGACCUCAUGAAGCGCCUCCGCUUCGCGCUCAUCCCGGCCCCCGAGCUGGUGGAGCGGGUCCAGUCAGUGGAUUUCAUGCGCACCGACCCGGUCUGCCAGAAGCUGCUGCUGGACGCCAUGAACUACCACCUGAUGCCCUUCAGGCAGCACUGCAGGCAGAGCCUGGCCAGCAGAAUUCGCUCUAACAAGAAAAUGCUGUUGUUGGUUGGUGGAUUGCCUCCUGGGCCAGACCGGCUCCCCAGCAAUUUGGUUCAGUACUAUGAUGAUGAAAAGAAGACGUGGAAAAUCCUCACAAUUAUGCCAUACAACAGUGCCCAUCACUGCGUUGUGGAGGUGGAAAACUUCCUGUUUGUGUUGGGCGGAGAGGACCAAUGGAACCCUAAUGGAAAACACAGUACAAAUUUUGUCAGCAGAUAUGAUCCCCGAUUUAAUAGCUGGAUACAACUUCCGCCCAUGCAAGAAAGAAGAGCCAGUUUCUAUGCAUGUCGGUUGGACAAACAUUUAUACGUUAUUGGUGGACGGAAUGAAACUGGCUACUUGUCCAGCGUGGAGUGCUAUAACCUAGAAACAAAUGAAUGGCGUUAUGUGUCCCCCUUGCCACAGCCUCUGGCAGCUCAUGCAGGAGCAGUGCACAAUGGGAAAAUAUACAUUUCAGGGGGUGUACACAAUGGAGAAUAUGUCCCAUGGCUAUAUUGCUAUGACCCCGUCAUGGACGUCUGGGCUCGAAAACAAGAUAUGAACACAAAACGGGCCAUCCACACUUUGGCUGUAAUGAAUGAUCGCUUGUAUGCAAUUGGAGGAAAUCAUUUGAAAGGUUUCUCCCACCUCGAUGUAAUGCUCGUGGAAUGCUAUGACCCAAAAGGUGACCAGUGGAAUAUUCUCCAGACUCCCAUUUUGGAGGGUCGCAGUGGUCCUGGCUGUGCAGUGCUAGAUGACAGCAUUUACCUUGUGGGAGGAUACAGCUGGAGUAUGGGAGCCUACAAGUCAUCUACAAUAUGCUAUUGUCCAGAAAAAGGCAGCUGGACAGAACUUGAAGGAGACGUAGCAGAACCACUGGCAGGCCCAGCCUGUGCAACGGUUAUCCUGCCUGCCUGUGUACCUUACAACAAAUAACACCAGGAAACCCUGGAAUGAACAGUAUCGCAUUCUAGGAAGCAAUGACAGGUGACAUCCCUGUUAUAAUAGGAACAAUACAUCCUAAUGGUACAA